AUGGCGCGACGGAGUGGAGCAGUGAAGGUAGGCCGUAAGCGUGGGGUUGUCCCGCGCGCUCACGGAGGUGAUUGGGGAAGGAAGGGAAAGUGGAGUAAGGACGGAAUUGGGAUCCGAGCGGCUGGUGUAUCAAGGGAGGUGACGAAGAAAGGACGGGGCCGACCCCGUCGCGGGGCUGUCCCGGGGCUGCGGGACUCACCGGGGAUUCCACAACGACCACCUGGGUGUCCCCAGGUACCACUCCCAGCAUUUUACGGGCCACCCCCGUAUCAAGCAGUGCCCCCUCCCACACAACCGAGGCCCGCGCCUGGCCCAGCGGUAAACCAGACGGGACUGCCUGGGGUACAACAGGAAGACUUCAACCGACUUUGUAGAGUGGUUGAGAGUCUGGCCACGGUGAUCAGAGAUAGAGAACUACGGGCUGAGACAGCCUCGGUCCCACAACCGGGGAUUCACCAGGGUGUGGUGGAUACCAGCAAUAUUGAGAAAUAUCGAAGGUUAAACCCUCCUGCUUUCAAUGGGAGUACUGAUCCAUUGGUGGCGGAAGACUGGAUAAAGGAGACCGAAAAAUUAUUCGAAGUGAUCACAGUGACCACUGAACAGAAGGUGCAACUGGCCACAUUUAUGUUUAGAGGAUCCGCUGAGCGUUGGUGGAAACUAAAAAGAAGAACUCUAGCUCCCCCAGUCACUUGGGAAGUAUUCCUGGAAGCCUUCAAUGCAGAGUAUUUUCCGGAUUUCUUGAGACAACGGAAGGAAAUAGAGUUUGCCGAACUGAGACAAGGAAGAUUGUCAGUGGUAGAAUAUGCUGAGAGGUACAUAGAAUUGGGGCGGUUCGCGCCCGAGGUGAUGAUGAAUGAGACCAAGAAGGCUCGCAGAUUCGAAAAAGGGUUACGGUCUGAACUGUAUCGUCAAGUGGCUGUGUUUGCAUUACCCUCAUAUCAGAUGGUGUUAGAAAAGGCACAGUUGGUGGAAGCACUGUAUAAAGAACAAGUUGAGAACAGUAAAGGGGAGUUCAGUUACAGACGUCCACCACCCCCCUCCGGCCAAAUAGAGAAAAGGCAGAGGAUAGCACCGGAUUUUGCCCCGAGUCAGCAGGUAUCCCGGAGUAAACCAAAUUGCACCCAAUGUGGUAGAAAUCAUGGGGAUCGACCAUGUAUGAGCGGCGGGCGGGGCUGUUAUCGGUGCGGAAACACUCAACAUUUUGUGCGUGAUUGCCCGUUACCGAAGGAGCCGGGUAGACCGUGGGUUCAAGGACGGGUGUUUGCCAUCACAGCGCCAGAGGCGGCCGCCACUUCCGAAAUAAUACAAGGUAUACUUUACAUUUCAGAUAUUCCUGCUAAAGUACUAAUUGACCCUGAUGCCACACAUUCAUUUGUAUCGCAUAUGUUUGCAUCUAGGAUAGAUGUAGAGGGGAGGAAGUUAAAAGUGGAUCUGAUUUUGUUAGACAUUAAGGAUUUUGAUGUAAUACUGGGGAUGGAUUGGCUUGCUGCCCAACGUGCCCAUGUAGACUGUUUCCGUAACGAGGAUAAGAGACUUGCACUCCGAGAGAUACCAGUGGUAAGAGAUUUUCCAGACGUUUUCCCAUACGACCUUCCGGGAUUACCACCCAAUAGAGAGGUCGAAUUCGCCAUCGAACUCCAGCCCGGCACCCAACCAAUCUCCAAGACCCCAUACAGGAUGGCGAGAUCAGAACUAAUGGAGUUAAGUAGACAGUUACAAGAGUUACUGGAUAAGAAAUUUAUAAGGCCGAGCGUAUCACCGUGGGGAGCCCCA